CAGCAGUUGUCAAGUCCAUUUUGGAUUUUAAAUAAUUCGAUUGCAAAACGAAUUGAUUGUUUUAAUAUAACGUUGAAAUAAAUUAAAUUAAAAUCAAUCUUUAAUAAUAAAUAAUUCUGGCGUGAUGCAUGCGCGUAAAUCACGAAAUGUAAAUUAUUAUUAAGUCAUUGGUUUUAUGAAGUUUAAACAAAUCAGGAUUAUUGUUGUGAAAAUAAACAAUAUUAAUUAUUGGAUUUUAUUGUGCUACGAAAUGGUGUUUUGUAAUAAAAGUCUAGUAUUUUUCCCAAACUUUGAUGUUGAAAUAAUUAAUUUGAUUUACCUAUAAAUUAUUAACAUAAUUUUUCGUGGUAGACGGUUUUUAAAUCGACGCAAAGCAGCACCGGACCACGUUUUAACCUCCUCCAAUCAUCGUUGGGUAGAAGGGAAUUUCAUGACUCUGUCGCGACAAGCGGACGUAACAGGACGUAACAAGUACCAUGUACUAACCUUCCUAACGGCUGAAAUUUACACAAUAUUAACCGUAAUAUUCAAUUAGUUUCUUGUAAUACUCCACAUCGUUCAUUCGUUACCGGAGCUAAAAAUUAAAGAUACGUACCUGAGACCUGAGCCGUGUGGAAGACACUGAAUGCAGUCUGUAAUAGAAAAAAAAACUUAUUUGAACAGGUUCAGCGAGUAGAGCCAAGGACGGUAUCAGAGAAUAAACUACCAAGCAAUCGUAUAUAGGGAAAAAAAAGGUACGUCAAUUCCAGUGAACUUCGAGGAUUAGUAUAAUUCGUAUACAGAGAUAACAAAAAUCCUAACACAAAGAUGAUCAAAGCUGUAAAAGCCCAGUAUCAAAUCAAGUACCAGUUAAUGUGUCCAUAUCUGGCGCAUUCUUAUUUUUGAUAUAGACAUUUUGAAAUUUACAGUGGCUUAUACGAGCACGUCUGAAACAAACGAGAUCAUCAUGUUGGAGUUCAUACAGCAUAUGCUUCAAUUAAAAUUAUUUUGGGUUAUGGCAUUUGUCUUUGGGAUUUACUUAUAUCUCAAAUUUUCUAUUUUCAAUUAUUGGAAAAAGCACGGUGUACCUCACGAAAAACCUAUAAUACCUGUGGGGAAUAUUUUGCCUGCAGCUCUUGGAAAGCAAUGCAUUGGAACACUCAUCCAAAAGAGCUAUGAACGUUUCAAAUCCAAUCCUUUUCAUGGCAUGUACAUGUUUCACAUACCCCAUUUAGUAAUUAACGAUCCUGAAUUGAUUCGGCUUAUCAUAGUCAAGGAUUUCGCCUAUUUUCACGAUCGGGGUUUGUAUUAUAACAACGAUGUAGAUCCCAUAUCGGGGCAUUUGUUCUUCAUGCCUGGUAAAGAAUGGAAAUUUCUUAGAUCAAAGCUUACACCAACAUUUACCUCUGGGAAAAUAAAAGAAAUGUUUUCCUUGGUUGAAAAAGUUGCAGAAGAGUUUAAAAAAACUUUAGCCGCUUCCAUUGAAAAGUCUAGUACAGUUGAGAUGAAGGAUCUAUUAAGCAGAUAUACAACAGAUACGAUAUCAUCGAUUGCAUUCGGUGUCGAUUGUAAUAGUUUUAAAAAUCCAGAUGCAGAAUUUCGUAAAUAUGGAGAAAAAGCUCUAACUAUAAAUCCAGUCAGAUUGUCCCUAGCGUUUUUCUUUUCAAACCUGCUGGAUAUUCUCAGAAUACCUUUGAUUUCUAGAGAAGCUUCCCGAUUUUUUAACACGGCAUUCUUAGAUGUAAUAACACAUAGAAGAUCUAAUCGUGUGAAUAGAAAAGAUUUUAUAAAUCUAUUGAUUCCGCUUAUGGAUCACGGAAAACUUGAAGAUGAUGGAGGAAUUGUAACUGAUGAGCCAAAGAACGUCAAAAAAUCUGUGAAAAAUGAUCAAACUAUCAGUAUGUCAGAAGCUUGCGCACAAGCGUUUAUUUUUUUCGUGGGAGGAUAUGAGACUUCAUCUUCAACAAGUACUUAUUGUCUGCAUGAAUUGGCAUUCAAUACUGAAAUUCAAGAUAAGUUACGUGAAGAAAUUAAGGAAAAGUUAGAUGUUCAGAAUAAAAUAUCUUAUGAGGACGUUAAUGCAUUGCCUUAUCUUCAUGAAGUCGUAUCAGAAACGUUGAGGAAGUAUCCAAUAAUUCCUUUUCUAAACCGUGUCUGCGUGAAGGAUUACAAGAUUCCAAACUCAGAUUUCUGCAUACCGAAGGGUAUGCAUGUAAUUAUUCCUGUUUUAGGUCUGCAGAAUGAUUCGAACAUAUUUCCUGAUCCAGAAGAUUUCAGACCUGAAAGAUUUGACUCUGAUCAAAUUGCCAAAAGAAACGCUUUUACAUACUUUCCAUUUGGUGAAGGUCCUAGGAUAUGUAUGGGUAAACGAUUUGGAUUAUUACAAGUAAAACUUGCUUUAAUUAAGAUUAUACAGCAGUAUAAGUUCAGCGUCUGCGACAAAACUGAAAUGAUAGUGAAGCCUACAACGCGUAAUUUUAUGUAUUCACCAGCGGGCGAUGUAUUUUUGAAAGUCGAGAAGGUGUCGCCGUGUUGUGACAGACUGCCAAGCACUUCUGUAUUUAAAUACUCAAAAAACGAGAAACUCUCAGGACCGGGGGUAAAUAUGCCGCACGUAGACGCUUUGAGAAGAGCUCCAGUAGGUGAUUCAGAAAGUAUGAGCGAAAUUGAGGAACGCAUAACAGGAUUCUUUAAACUGAUCAACGAAGAGGACGAGAUUCUGGUUUUUCAAUACUCAGAUGCUAGUUUGAUGCGGAAACGAGAAAUUUGGUUAAAACCGGAAAAAGAAAGUACGUCACAAGAACAAGGCGAAGUACUGGACUACGAAUCUUACAAUAAUAUUAUGUAUAAACGCGAAGGACAUAAACUUUUAUAUACUGUACCGGAAAAGAUAUGUCAAAGUCUGGUAAUAAGAAACCAUGAUCUGCGCGGUCAUCCAAGUAUCGAGCAUUCAGUUGCUAAAAUUCGAGAACUUCAAGCGGAUCACGAAGGUCCAUUCGUUAAAACGGCACGGAAGAAUCGAUACAUUCUAGUUGUAAUUGACAAUCUCACGAACUUUGUAGUGUUAAAUGCAGUUCAUGAUGCCAAAGCAGAGUCUUUUGUUCGAAUCAUGAAGGAUUUCGUUCUAGAUUUUGAAGCACCAGGAAGAAUUGUAUCGGACCGAGGUAUCAGCUUUCCCGCUCCACAAGCCAAUGGUCAGGUAGAGCGGAUCAACGUCACUUUAAUUCCGGCAACUCAAGCGAGUAUUGGACAUAAAAAAGGCCGAGACUGGGACCUCAGGCUGAAGGCAGUUCAGAGAAAUUUACACGAGUCGGUGAACAAGACCUCAGGCAGUCGCCCUUUGAAUUAUAGUACGGAUUCCAUAAUCGACAUGACAAAAGAGAAGUUAGAAAGAUUACGAUCGACGACGACGAGCGUUACACUCAUCCAGAGGAUCUCCAACAAAGAAAAAGCUGGUAUUUUAAAGGAACAAGCUAAAUUUAUUGCUUCGAAGUUAAAAAGUAGGAAUAUGUUGAUUGAUUCAUCAAAGCGCAGCCUGAAGGCAGUCCUACUUCACAAUACAAACAAAUACGCUCAUGUACCAUUAGCACAUUCAACUGUACUAAAAGAAGAGUAUUUAAACUUUGAAAUGGUUCUGAAAAAAAUUAUGUAUGAAGAACAUCAGUGGCGAUUAUACGGAGACUCCAAAAUUCUCUCUAUGAUACUUGGACAACAAUCUGGAUUCACCAAGUACAGUAUAAAUCCGAUAACUGUCCAACUUCAGGACUGUAAUGCACCGGCUGACAGGGUUGUGAUUACUAUAAGCGGUUUUUUUAGCAGUGCAGCAUCGCAUUGCUCCAGCAUCCUCUCCAGCAUCCUGCAAUUAGCCCUAACCGCCACCAAAUCGAACACGUUUGGAUGGAUUGGAGCGCGCACUUCAGCAAAUUUGGAACACAAUCCCGCAGCCCCACAUUGCACGAUGCAUCAACACGGUCUAACAGACAGAUACACACACAAAAAGAUAGAGAGUGGUACGCUUUGGAUCAUCAUGUUGGAGUCAAUAGAGCAUAUACUUCAAUCCAAAUUAUUUUGGUGUACCACAUUCGUCUUUGGGAUUUACUUAUAUAUGAAAUUUGUGAUUUUCAAUUAUUGGAAAAAGCAUGGUGUACCACACGAAACACCUAUAGUACCCACCGGGAAUAUUUUGCCUGUAGUGCUUGGAAAAGUGUGCAUUGGAACACUCGUCCAGCAGAGUUAUGAAAGUUUCAAAUCAAAUUAUUCUUUUCAUGGCUUGUAUAUGUUCCACGUACCCCACUUGAUAAUUAACAAUCCUGAUUUGAUUCGUCUGAUCAUGAUAAAAGAUUUUGCUCAUUUUCAUGAUCGCGGUUUGUAUUAUAACAACGCUGUUGAUCCCUUAUCGGGACAUUUGUUCUUUAUGCCUGGCGAAGAAUGGAAAUUUCUUAGAUCAAAACUUUCACCCACAUUCACGUCUGGGAAAAUGAAAGAAAUGUUUCCCUUAGUACAAAAAGUUGCAGAAGACCUUAAAAAAGCUUUGGAUACUUCUCUUGAUAAUUCUAGCAUAGUUGAAGUCAAGGAUCUGUUAAGCAGAUAUACGACGGAUAUGAUUGCAUCAAUUGCAUUUGGAGUCGAAUGCAAUAGUUUGAAAAAUCCAAUUGCAGAGUUUCGUGUAUACGGGAAAAAAGCAAUAGAUACAAAUCCCGUGAAAAUGUCCCUUGCACUUUUCUUCUCAAAAAUGUUGGACAUUCUCAGAAUACCCUUCAUUCCUAAAGAUGCUUCAUUAUUUUUCAGCACGGUCUUCAAAGACGUAAUAUCAUAUAGAAGAUCUAAUCAUGAAAAAAGAACAGAUUUUCUAAAUCUAUUGAUUCAGCUCAUGGAUCACGGAAAAGUUAAAGAUGAUGAGGGAAUUGUAACUGAUGAGCCAAAGAAUGGACCAAAAAACGUGAGAAAUACUGAAAAGAUCAGUAUUUCAGUAGCCUGCGCACAAGCCUUUGUUUUCUUCAUAGCUGGAUUUGAAACUUCGUCUUCAACCUCUACUUACUGCCUUCAUGAAUUGGCAUUAAACCCUGACGUCCAAGAUAAGCUACGGCAAGAAAUUAAUGACAAGUUAGCUGGUCAUCAUUUGUCUUUUGAGGACAUUCAUACAAUGCCUUAUCUUGACAAAGUCGUAUCAGAAACAUUGAGGAAGUAUCCAAUAGUUCCGAUCCUAAACCGUGUAUGCCUGAAGGAUUACAAGAUUCCAAAUUCAAAUUUCUGCAUACCGAAGGGCAUGAAAAUCAUCAUUCCUGUUUUGGGUAUACAGAGAGAUCCAAAAAUAUUUCCUGAUCCAGAAGAAUUCAGACCUGAACGGUUUGAUUCUAAUGAAAUUGCAAAGAGACACGCUUUUAGCUAUCUUCCAUUUGGUGAAGGUCCUAGAGUAUGUAUCGGUAAACGAUUUGGACUUCUUCAAAUAAAAGUGGCAUUAAUUAAGAUUAUAUCAAAUUAUAAGUUAAGUGUCUGUGACAAAACUGAAAUUGUAGUGAAGCCUACAAUUCGUAAUUUCUUGCUUACUCCAGCAGGUGACAUAUUAUUAAAAAUGGAGGUGGUGUAAAAAUUGUUAUGUAUUACAAUCUUCAUCAUAACUUAAUUGAAAAUUUAACUUUCGAUGCCUGUGUAAUGGGUAGAAAAU